AUGGACAAGAUCUUCGUCAAGACCCUCACGGGUAAGACCAUCACUCUGGACGUGGAGCCUUCCGACACGAUCGACGGCGUGAAGCAGAAGAUCCAGGACAAGGAGGGCAUCCCCCCUGACCAGCAGCGUCUGAUCUUCGCCGGCAAGCAGCUGGAGGACGGCCGCACGCUGUCGGACUACAACAUCCAGAAGGAGUCGACCCUCCACCUGGUGCUCCGGCUGCGUGGCGGUAUGCAGAUCUUCGUCAAGACCCUCACGGGUAAGACCAUCACUCUGGACGUGGAGCCUUCCGACACGAUCGACGGCGUGAAGCAGAAGAUCCAGGACAAGGAGGGCAUCCCCCCUGACCAGCAGCGUCUGAUCUUCGCGGGCAAGCAGCUGGAGGACGGCCGCACGCUGUCGGACUACAACAUCCAGAAGGAGUCGACCCUCCACCUGGUGCUCCGGCUGCGUGGCGGCAUGCAGAUCUUCGUCAAGACCCUCACGGGUAAGACCAUCACUCUGGACGUGGAGCCUUCCGACACGAUCGACGGCGUGAAGCAGAAGAUCCAGGACAAGGAGGGCAUCCCCCCUGACCAGCAGCGUCUGAUCUUCGCGGGCAAGCAGCUGGAGGACGGCCGCACGCUGUCGGACUACAACAUCCAGAAGGAGUCGACCCUCCACCUGGUGCUCCGCCUGCGCGGUGGCUGUUAGACGGCCACAUGGCGUACUGAGAAUGGCGCGAACGAUUGCGUAUUGUAAAGAAGUGCGCAAAGAGACCCUAGGCGCGUGGAAAUAGCCGUUGCCCCACCCGGAGAUGAUGAGUGCCCGAAAUGUACGACUCAUGUCGUGGUUGAUGGUGUCGUGUGGUGUUGACAUUGAUGCCGCGGAUGGGAAGAAUCCGUUCCGCACUGCCGUAGUGAGUCAGUACCUGCGCAGCUAGCUGCUGACCGUGGUUAUUUGUAUGCGGGUGAGAGAGAGGGGAGAUGCUGUUUGCUGUUUGGAAUGUGACAAGAAACGAGAUAGGGAAGUGCCGACGGUGAAUGUUCGCUAUGCGGAAGAUCUGCCUAGCGGCCGAUUUGUCUUCUGUGUACCGGCGCUGGAAUGAAAGAUUGUGCGGUGAACAGUCUCCAUUGUUUCUGCGCUACAGUCGGCCAGAUGAUGCCGUCAGAUGAGUUGUCUCACGUCGUGGCGUGGGCUGCCUUGAACAACCCUCUUCGCUGUACGACGGUGUGGUCCCAUUUCAAUCAUAGCACCUCGUGCUUGGAUUUGAUGUGUUUUCGUAGUCACGAGCUUGCGUGCUCAAAUGAAAUGCGUUGGCAAGGACAGACUCGCCGUAUUUUUACCGCUUUCGCCACGCGAGUGUUGGUCUCCAAGCUGUUUGCGGCCUGUUGAAGCCGGAAUUAUAAUUCAUCGAUGACGAUUUUUGUACUGUAGAGAAAAUCGAAAUCGCAUGUGGCAUGGCGACGAAAUCAAGCUGCCGGUGGCUGUUCUUAUGCUACAAUGCCAUUCAUGCCCCCGCAGGCAGCACUAUCGCACGUGUUGCGACACGUCGGGGGUUUCUUUCUUGAACAAUUCCCGUGAAUCCGAGGAAAUGCGGCCUUUCCCAGUGAACACGGUGUCGGUGAAUGUGCCCCGCCACUCAAAACGUUUCUUUCCCUGCAGUUUCACAGAAUGAACAUGCGAUCUACAUCGCCUACAAACAUGAAGCUACCGCCUGACACGAAUGCAGGUGAGCACGAGCCCCCUGCCGGACUUUGGCGGGUUUGGAGUCUAAACGAUCGCGGCAGUUGAAACCGUUUGGCGCUUAAUGCGGGGUGGCUUUCAAGCAGUGCCCACCUUGUGCACUUACGGUUGUCAUCUGUGGUUAGGUAUAUACGACACGCAACAAUUAUCCUCCGACCGGCCCUCGUGUUGUUGCCUGUGAAUUGAAAUCUUCGGAAAUCGUUUGGUCUACCCGACCUGCGCCUUGCAAUGUAGACCAAUCAUCCCCAGGGGGAGUCCGACCCAAGGUAACGUCUGCCUACUGCCACGGCGUCUGGUCCCAGACUGGACGGCGACCAGAUCAGAGAGAACAGGGAGAGACUGAGCGCCUUGGAGACUGGAUCCCAAGCGGAACGAACCGAUCAUGCUCCGUUCAUGAAUGACUGACGAAGGCCUACCACUGCAGAGUUCACACCCUACGGUCCAUGGCCUGAGCCGGGCAGCCGGGUGCAUAUUUCCGCUGCUAGCUCAUCCGCUUCAGCGGGAUGUUCCAAGCAGGACACACAAGUCCUCACAAUAAACGAGCUACGAAGCCCGCCCCGCCGCGCACGGGAGUAGAUUUUGACACUCCGUUUGUUGCUGUCGAGACCGCAUGAUCUUCCUGUUUCCCGUGGUACCAAAGAAAUAAGUCUGUGCGUCGACUACAUCGAUCUGUAGGAAGGAUCUGAGGACCGUUCUGUACUCUGUAGACAAAGGGAGAACU